AUGCGCAAGCUAACUUCAAAAGGAAACAGAGUGAAAGAGUUUUUGCCUGUAGCAAGCACAAUGGACAUCCAGAAGGACGUUCAACCCCCAAAGCAACAGACAAUGAUAUACAUCUGUAGAAAAUAUGUCACAGAAAAUAAAAUAAAAUCCAGGGAUGCAAUCAGAUGCAGAGCAUAGGGAUACAGAAUAAUGUAAGAGAGAAGGACUAAAAGACUGGUGGUUUUUGAUGCUGGAUGA